AUGGGCUCCGACGGCAAGCUUAUGUUGCUCAAGGAUGCCCACAGAGGAUGGAUACAAGCUGUUCGUGGGAAGUUUACCCAUUGAUUGUACCAGUGAUGAGUUGUACGAGGUGUUCUCCACCUACGGUGUUGUGACCCACGUACACGUCAUGAAUCCGCACCCACAGUCCGGUCAAAGGUGCGCUUUUGUCUUCUACUCGACCAAGUCUGCGGGGGACUAUGCCUGCUCAGUCUUGGACAAUCAGUAUAGGAUUCGCACCAAUGCCGCUCAACCAAUCGUGGUGAGAUGGGCAAAGGACAGCCAGAAUGACGUUGCAAAGGGCAACGGCAAAGGCGAAUGGGUAGAUGGCCCCAGGCGACCCGAGCCCCCAGAUGGUCAUAAGCUCUUCAUCGGUGGUCUUCCAGCCGAUGUUACGGACGAGGAGCUGAGAAUAGUGUUUGGCACCUAUGGGAAGGUAGUGCACUGUCACAUAAUGGGCGUCCAUCCUAAAUCUGGAUUAAGGUGUGCCUUUGUGUACUUCAAGGACUUCCGAGCUGCAGAGGGUGCGAUCAAAGUGCUGGACAACAAAUACAAGAUCCGGCAAAAAGCAGUAGAUCCAAUCCAGGUCAGAUGGGCAAACACAGACGGUGACAGAGGGAAAGGAGAGGUCUGGGACAGGGACUGGGGAGGGAACGGAAAGAGCUUCGGGAAGGGCAAAGAUUUCAGCGACCCUUGGUUUCCAAAGGGAAAGGGCAAGGGCUGGCACCCCGAGGACAGACUUUGGGAGAAAGGCUGGCAGGACAAAGGAUGGACAAAGGGCUGGGAAGGGCCGAGUUGGAUGAGCUGGCAAGGUGAUUGGAGUGGCUGGAGCAUGAAUGGGAAGGGGAAAGGCUGGAAAGGUCCUCCGCCUGUGAGCUGGAGCCCCGGUACCAAGCUCUAUGUGGCAAACCUUCCCGACGACAUUCAGGAGGGCGCCAUUGAGUAUGUCUUCAGCACCUAUGGCACAGUUGACAAGGUGCACUUGAUGACCGGCAAGGUCAAAAAUGGCUGUAUCUCAGCCUUCGUGGAGUUUCGCACUCCUGAUGAGGCGAAUACUGCAAUCAAGUCCCUUGACAACAAGUACGAAAUCCGUGCUGGUUAUGGGCCGCUGCAAGUGCGACAUGCCAAUUCCCAUUGAGCACCUAAAGCUCCGCAUGUCUCACAUGGAUCUGUGAGGUGGGCGUUAGAAGGCCUGGAUAAAUUCUUUAUUGAGUCCCCGAGCGGAUUUUUUCCACGGAGAGCUGAUUUCCGAGCAUCCGGAGAGCUUCUUGGUCAGCUCUGGACACAAACACCUCUGGAAGUAACCGAGGUGCAAAGCUGCUGAAAGCAGCAUGUAAAUGUUGGAAGUGCUGGUGUCGUGCCCUGGUGGGCCGCUGGACGGGUAGGUCUCUUCAGAGACACGCAGCAACACGUCGGGUUUGCAGAAUUGCGGCGGGGAUGCCAGUGCCACAGAUUGUUUGGCGCAGGAGACGAGACUGACCAUGACAAAGCA